AUUCCUUGUGAUGGGGCACCCCAUUAACCUCUCGAGGGAUCGAUCGAAGAAAAGGAUCAACUCAAAGGAUGAAGAAGUUAUCCUUCUUCCUCAUUUCCACUCCGUUCCUCUUCUUCGCUGCAUCAGUCUCUGCAAUCGAGUCCCCAGAGUACACAGUAAUCCACUCUGAAUCGGACUUCGAGAUUAGGCUCUACAGAGAAUCGGCAUGGAUGUCAGCUCAAGCCGAUGACAUCUCCUUCGAGAAAGCAACAAAGAAUGGCUUCCAUCGAUUGUUUCAAUACAUUCAAGGAGCAAAUCUAAAUUGGUCAAGGAUAGCAAUGACUGCUCCAGUAUUAACAAGCGUUGUUCCAGAUGCAGGCCCUCUCCACUCUUCAGCCUAUUUUGUUCGUCUCUACCUUCCCGUUAAAUUCCAAGCCUCUCCUCCACUUCCCCUCCCCGAACUUAACCUCCAGCCUGUAAAAUGGGCAAGCCACUGUACUGCUGUGAGGAAAUUCUCAGGUUUUGCCAGGGACAGCAACAUUAUCAAAGAGGCUGAGAAGUUGGCUCUCAGUUUGAGUCGAUCUAGUUGGGCAAACUCCACUGACUUUCUAGACAAGAACGCGUAUUCGAUUGCCCAAUACAGUUCCCCGUUUCGUAUCAUUGGUCGAGUUAAUGAGGUGUGGGCUGAUGUUGAUGGAUCUCAAGUGCCAGGUUGUGAAAUAUAUGAAUCCAGAGCUGCUCAUUGAGGAGCGAUUUUGUUGCAUCUGUGUAUGUAUAUAUGUUAAGCUAUGAUGCUAGUGCUUUCGGUUUCUGAUGUUGCAAUAAGUGUUGUUAUAGAAUGAUACAGAUAUUACGGUAUAAAAGUUGAUGCAGUUAUCUUUUUAUUUUAUUCUAUUCUAUUUUCUGUGAGUGGAAGA